GAGGUUAUGUAUGAUUAAUACAAACAAACGUCAGAACAUCUAUUUUUCUCUUCUUUCUAAGCUAUCGCUCUCUAUGAACAGCAUAUGCCACUUCGUAAUAAUAUUUAACAUCGAUAAGCUCUGUACUGACCGUGAUGUUCAUUAACCAUCGACUAUAAUAAUAGCAUGGAGAGCGGAAAACCGUAGAACUCACUAACUCGAACUCACUUGAUGUUCAGAAUCCUGCCCCUGUCCUCUUAUUUUUGUUUUUAGGCCAUUUUUUCCAAUAUUCACAGAUAAUUGGGAGACUAUUGAAGGUUGGACAAGCGCUAAUAAAUACCAACAAACGAUUCUGCAAAAGUAGCGCUCGAUCACCAAAUACAAUCAUGAAGGGCUGACGUCACGCGAAAUCCCUAGUCGAAUUUGUUUUAUUAAUAACGACUAAACUAUUCACCAUCAAACGUCGGGAACUCACUAUUAAAUACCAACAAACGACGAAGGAAGGGUUCAAAAAAUAUUAGCCCACCUGGGUGUUAAUGUGAGGCUAAAGUAUAUGGAGCUUAAUAAGAAGCGGAAUUCUAGGAAACUUGCACUCAGUGCGCAUCGAGUGAAGCCAGUGAAAACGUUAUGACAAUAUGGUAGAAAGUUAUCAUGUUUUUACUGUAUCGAGUGUACCACCGAUCGUGAACAAUUCGUGAGACUAGAAAUCGAUCCUACUUUUGGCGAAGUCUUACCGGAGUGUAGUUUUUACAUAAUUAAAGCUUGUCGUUGUGUACUGUUGUGUACCAUGCAAACUCAGUGACGUUUAAGUUGAAGUAGAAAGUUAAACCUUAUGGUUUUGCCUUGUUUUUUUACUACGCAGGUCGAGUUUGUACGUUUCGAAUUUUAUUUUAAACUUCGAACUCAGGAAAUCGAAACAAAAACAUAUUUUGUAUUUCACGAUGGCGGUGACAAAUGGAGCUAGCCAUAAUUCAAACACGAAGAAUGGAAAUUUCAUAUGUGGCGUUGUUGAAGGAUUCUACGGCCGCCCUUGGACAACAGAACAGAGAAAGGAUUUAUUCCAGAAAAUGAAAAAGUGGGGAAUGGACUCAUAUCUCUAUGCACCAAAAGACGAUUACAAACAUCGUGCAUACUGGCGAGAUUUAUAUACAGUCGAAGAAGCCGAGCACUUAACUGGUCUUAUAACUGCAGCUAAGGAGUGUGGAAUCAGUUUUUACUAUGCCUUGUCACCUGGCUUAGAUAUUACUUAUUCUAGUCCAAAAGAAAUUGCUGCUUUAAAAAGGAAACUGGAGCAAGUUAGCCAGUUCGGUUGCAUUGCAUUUGCUCUGCUCUUCGACGAUAUUGAACCAGAAAUGAGUGAAGCUGAUAAAGAAGUCUUUCAGUCCUUCGCACACGCUCAAGUCUCUGUUACAAAUGAUAUUUUUCAACACCUUGGACAACCACGUUUUCUGCUUUGUCCAACGCAAUACUGUGCGACGCGCGCCAUGCCAAACGUCCCUAGUUCAGAGUACCUAAAUACAUUGGGUAGUAAAUUAGUACAAGAAAUUGAUGUAAUGUGGACAGGACCGAAGGUCAUUUCACGGCUCUUAACAAUCGAAUCGAUAGAGGAAAUCACUGACGUCUUACGUAGGCCUCCAGUUAUCUGGGAUAAUCUCCACGCCAAUGAUUACGAUCAAAAAAGAGUAUUCCUUGGUCCUUAUUCCGGGAGGUCACCAGAUCUCAUUCCUAAAUUGAGAGGAGUAUUGACAAAUCCUAAUUGUGAAUAUGGUGCUAACUUUGUGGCAAUACAUACCUUGGCCCAAUGGAGUCGAUGCAACAUCGAUGGAAAAAGAGAUCUUAGCCUGAAUGACACCGUAUCGGCUGAUAUCAAACUGGAAACUGAAACAGAAGAUGGCGUGGUUGGUGAAGAUGUACCAUCAAAUCUGUGCCCUAAUAUGUACCAUCCUCGGCACGCUCUUAAAAAUGCUAUAAGUGAUUGGCUGGUUGAAUUUCAUAAAAAACGUGCAGCUUGGGGAGUCAUUGUAAAACCUCAGCCAUGCGUGGCUCCUACAGUUCCAAUCCCGAUAAUACCUUCGGUCAACACAUGCAUGAGUCUUACGUCAACAACAAAUACUACAGUAUCGGCAGCUACAACGUCUUCUAAUAAUUCAAAUCAUCUUAAAGCAUUGGCAGAGGUGUGUUCGAGCGUCACAGGUACUGAAGGCUUUCUGCAACCUGCUUGUGGACCUGUUAUGAACUCUUUAGUAUCCGAUACUAAAGUAGUCAAUGAAUCGAUUAUACCUUCGGUGGUACCAAAUUCCGGGAGCGAAACGAUACCUAACGUUACACCAGCCACUGAACCAAUGGAAUGUACUAUUACACCUGGCCACUCACCUGCGCAUUUGGUAAAAAGCACAACUGAAGAUGACGCAAUGAUAGAAAAUAUUUCGACAUGCAGUGGAGCAUCUGGCAGUAUGCAAGUUGAGCUGGAAGUAUCAUCAUCAGCUGUAAACGGAUCACAAAUGGUAGUUGAGACGGAUAAUGAUAAUCAUGAUGCCUUGGAGACACAAGGUUCAAAUGUAGUGGAUCCAGAAAAACAACUGACGAAAGAAGACCUCUCUUUGCUUUGUGAUCUAUUUUACCUACCUUUCGAACAUGGUGGGCAAGGAAUUCAACUGUUGCAAGAAUUUAACUGGCUGAAGAGCAAUGCUCACAUUGUUAUGAAACAACCAAAAAAUCAGGAAAUGUACAACAAAGCGGACGUUGAAGAAUGGCAUUCUCGGGCAGCUAAAAUGAACGACAUGUGUGCUGCAGUGAACAGGCUUUUUCAACGACUUACAUACUGCAACAAUCGAGAGCUGUUAUAUGAUCUUUAUGCAUACGUAUGGGAUAUGAGAGGAGUUGUCUCUCUUUUGAACAGUUACAUCAAAUGGCUUGGGUUUGGCAGAUUUCCAACGACGAUGACUACGUAUACCCAAGGAAGCUACACAUGGUUCUCCAAUGGAUGGAAAGAAACAUUUAUGAGCGGAGAUCAAGAACCCUGGGUAUUCCGAGGUGGACUUACUGCAGAUUUACAGAGAUUAAUUCCCGUAGAUAGUGGAAACGAUUUGUUUGUUUACAAGGCGCCAGAAGUUCCGUGUAGUAAAAUUUAUACGAUUAGACCUUAUUCAGCAAUUGACGAGGAUGCAGUUCGAACAAUUUGCAACAAAAUAUCUGGAGGCACUUCAGUUGUAGCUGAUAGAUUGGUAGGAAGCUAUCUAUUACUGAGCCCUGAGUUGUGCAUGGUUGUCGAGGAUGAAGAUGGCAUUGUGGGAUAUGCACUCGCUGCUUUGAACCUCAAAGCGUUUAAUCAGAAGAUGGCAAUUUCCUGGAUUCCAGAACUUCAAGCAAAAUAUCCGUUAGACGAUAGUGUCAAAAAUCUACCGCAACAUGAGAAGGAGGCAAUACAAUACUUUCACGCAUUCGUGCCUGACGUUGCGGAAGAGUUAUCCAGACAAUACCCUUCCAAACUGAUAUGUUCAAUACUACCCAGUGUAACCGACCAAUCGGUUGCAAAGAGGCUUGUCACUUGUGUUCUUGCUGCUUUGAGGGCAAAUGGUUCGUUUGGCGUGCACACAACGGUUUCUAAAACAAACAAAGAAGCACAUGAAUUCUACGGUAAGCUUGGAUUCGUCGACCAGCCAGAAACACAGGACGCUGAUUCAAUAACAAUCACCAUGCGUCGAAGUUUCUAGCUUGAAGCCAUCGUACUUGUUUGCGUAAAUAAAAUUUUUUACUCGUUCCCCUGUUGGAGCAAAAUAUUCUAAGCUGAGAACGCAACAGUGCGUAUGUGUAUUUGAGCGAGAAAUAACAAUAAAUAUUAUAUAAAUGAA